UGGGCAGGGCAAAACCUGCUUAUAUAAAGCCUCAAACCAAGUGAUGAGGGUAAACUGUUCUGCAGGGAGUUUCAAAACCCUUCCAAACCUAAGAAGAUCAAACGAUACCAACAUGAGCUGCAGUCCAGAAAGGAAGUCUUCUUACCGCCGCCACUUUGAGGGCAACUCCGUGGCCACCUCCGUGGCCACUUCAGUCAAUCGGAUCCGAGUCUCGAGUCCAUCUCCUACACGCAGAUCAGCUCGGUCUGCCAGCUAUUCCCUCAGAGCGGCAUCGACGGGGCGCCGGUCGACCUCCGACAAGUCCCGCAUGAACAGUGGAAGUAUGGAGGCUCUUUGUUUUGGCAUGUCCAUGGGACUCGGGCCCAAACUGGAUUUGGACGCAGCCACCGCCGAGAACCAGGCCUUCAUGACCACCCGCACGGGCGAGAGGAAGGAGAUGGUGGCCCUCAACGACCGUCUGGCUGUCUACAUUGAAAAGGUGCGCUCCCUGGAGACCAAGAACAAGCUGCUGGAGGAUGACAUCCACGCCCUGAGAAGCCGUUUCCUACAGCCCUCGGGCCUCAGGCAACUGUACGAGACCCAGCUGAAGGACCUGACCCGGGUGGCCGAGCAGAUGAGAGUCCGGAGGGACCAGGCCCUGGGGUCAAAGGAGGCCAUGGCAGGCCAGCUCGACGCUCUGAAGGCCAGGUACGACCAGGCCCUGGAGGCCAGGAGGAAGACAGAGCUGCAGAUUGAGGCGUUCCGCCCGGAUGUAGAUAAAGCAACCUCAACACGCAUCUCUCUGGAGAAACAUCUGGAGAACCUGGAGUUAGAGCUGACCUUUCUACAACGGGUUCACAAGGAGGAAAUCGAGGUGCUUUUGGAGCAGCUCUAUUCGUCGGCCUCCAAGGUCGACCUGACCUUUGGGCUUCCCGAUCUUUCCUCGGCCCUCAAACAGAUCCAGUCUCAGUACGACAGCAUCGCUGCCAAAAACCUACAGGAAAUGGACACUUGGUACAAGACAAAGUUUGUGGACCUGAAUAAUGCAUCAACCAAACACAUCCAAAGCCUCCAGAGUCUGAGAGAGGAGAGCGCAGGAUGCAAGAAGGAUAUCGGUAAUAAGGAGCGCGAGCUGGAAGCCCUGCAGACGAGGAAUGAGUAUUUAGAGGCGGUGCUCCGCGAUGCAGUCGUCAGGUUCAGGAAGAAAGAGGAGGACCUGCAGGUGCGGAUAGCGGGUCUCAAGCUGGAUCUGCAGGUCACCAAGGAGAAGAUUGCUCUGCUUCUGCGUGACUACCAGGACCUGCUGAACGUCAAGAUGGCCCUGGAGAUUGAGAUCACCACUUACAGGAAGCUGAUCGAGGGCGAGGACAACCGUCUGAGCGCCAUGGUCCACGUCAUGUCCCUGAGAGGAGGAGGAGGAGGUGUGGCCGUCGCCUCCGGCUCCACCGCGGCCAACGGCUGCCCCGCCACGCCCUCCGGACCCCCACCGCCGGCGCACUCAGACGCUGGGGGGAAGAGAGGCGCCGGCGCCGCUGCCCCUGGAGCCAACGACGCGACCGUGGAGGAGAGCCGGACCUGAGGGGCAGCGCGAGACCCUCGUCGUCAGUUAAGACAGAGGAGCAGGCAUACAACAGCGACUCCCAGCAGAGCACCGUCAUCAUUUCUGGAGUGGCCGUCCGAUGACACGGAUGAAGAACAGCAAUUCCACCUUAAAAGUGACACUUUCCCCAAGCUUUUGCACAAACGUUUACGAAGCCAGAGAUGCUUCUGUGAUGUUAACUCAAAUUAGGCUUUAUGGAUAUGAUAAAAGGAAUCGGGACCUGGGCCAUCCAUUCAGGUUAAGGAUUAGGAUGUCUUUGAAAAGUGAAUUGAACAGCACUGAUAUUAUUAGCAAUUAUUAUAAUCAACAUUGUGAGCUUGUUAACUUGUUAACACAAACGUUGAAAGAGUAGUGUAUUUUGGUUUGUACUGUUCCUGUCCUGUCACUCAUCUCCAUUUUUGUUGCUAAUUAAUGUCUGAUUAUGAAUGAUAUAAAAUGGCUAUUAAUGAAUUAAUAUUCCAAAUAGCACCUUAGUUAUUUUCCACUCAAUCAAAAUAAAGUUUAAACCAACUAAAUAAUGUUCAAGUAAUCAUGUCAGGUUAAAAAUUGCAAUGAAGAACCUGGCAAAUGUAACCCAUUUAGUUGUGGUUGUCGGUUGAGUUAGACUCAACCGAUACCACGAUUGCACCACCUAUUUCAACUCUUUUUAAAAUAGUAAAAAAGUCAGCGAGAACUUUCCAAUCAGAAAAACACACCACUAGAAAAAAACAAUGACUUUCAAUAUUACUAAUGUACAAAAUUUGUUAACAAUAUCAAAUAUAUUUGACACAUUAUAGCAUUAACGUAAACGAACACUUAUUUUCUCUUUUCACAAUUAGAAAAAUGCAGACAGGAUAUUGUGCAA